AUGGAAUUUGGGCCAUCAAAGAAUUUUACCCACACUGAAUUCUAUCUAAUUGGAUUUUCCUCUCUAAAAGAAUACAGAAGACUCCUUUUCAUCCCAUUUAGCAUAAUGUUCAUCUUUGCAGUCAUCACUAACAUCACCCUUAUAUUUGUCAUUACACGACAGAGAACACUUCAUUCUCCAAUGUAUGUGCUGAUAUGUUUAAUAGCAUGUGUGGAUAUAUGUGUGCCAUGCUGUGUUGUCCCACGAUUGUUAUUUAGUUUAGCAUCAGGGAUCAAUGUUUGGCCUCGAGAAUUAUGUCUGAUCCAGAUGUUUAUUGUUCACUAUGCCUGCAGUUUUCAGUCCACUAUCUUGUUUGGGAUGGCUGUAGAUCGCUACUUUGCUAUAUGCAUGCCAUUACGGUACAACAAUUUCAUGAGUUUCACUAAUUGUAUGAUUACUACAUGUAUAAUUGUAAUUCGUAAUACAUUCAUUAUAACAGCCAUGGUUGCGUUGGUUGGAACACUUAGAUUCUGUUCCUCUAAUGUUCUUUAUCAUGUUCAUUGUGAACAUCAGCUGGUGGUCACCUUGGCCAUCCCCUGUGAAGACACCACAAAGAACUACUUAGCUGGUCUGAUCAGUUUCUGUAUACCAACUAUUGACUGUGUUGGCAUUGCAUUUUCGUACAUUACCAUAUUUUUUGUGAUUUUCCGAUCAGCUGCAGGAGAGUCACGCAGCAAAGCCAUCUCCACUUGUACCACCCACCUGAUAGUUAUCUGUAUUGCCUACUUCACAUCCAUGGUGGCCUUUUUGGCCUACAGAAUCCAGUCAGGCCUUACACCUGACCUACGUAUCCUUACUAGUCUUGGAUAUCUACUUGUCCCUGGUAUCUGCAACCCAGUAAUCUAUGGUAUCAGAAAUAAAGAAAUACGUGAACAGUUUAUUAAACUUCUUAGACUAAAUAAGGUUGAUGCUUUCUGA